AUGUCUUUAAACUACAUCAAGAAUUUUUAUGAAGGAUGUCUCAGGCCUCCAACAGUGAUUGGUCAGUUUCACACCCUCUUCUUUGGCUCUGUGCGCAUGUUCUUUCUUGGGGUUCUGGGAUUUGCAGUUUAUGGCAAUGAGGCUUUACACUUCAGCUGUGAUCCUGAUAAGAGAGAGUUAAACCUCUUCUGUUACAACCAAUUCAGGCCGAUAACACCUCAGGUAUUCUGGGCACUACAGCUGGUCACUGUGUUGGUUCCCGGAGCUGUGUUUCAUCUCUAUGCUGCUUGUAAGAAUAUCGAUCAAGAAGAAAUCCUCCAGCGACCCAUCUACACUGUGUUUUAUAUCAUUUCUGUACUGUUAAGAAUCAUUCUGGAAGUCAUAGCGUUUUGGCUUCAGAGUCACCUUUUUGGCUUUCAGGUUCACCCAAUUUACAUGUGCGAUGCCAGCGCCCUGGAGAAAAAGUUCAACGUCACCAAGUGCAUGGUGCCCGAACAUUUCGAGAAGACCAUCUUCCUCAGCGCCAUGUACACGUUCACUGUCAUCACGGUGGUGCUGUGUGUCGCAGAGAUAUUUGAGAUUCUCUGCAGAAGACUGGGAUAUUUGACAAGUCAAUGACGGCAACCAGUAGUCAGAGCAAAGUUUUAGACAAAUUCAAUUAUUUUUUUUUUGUAAUCUAGGCUUUAAAAAAAUGUUACGAAAGACCGCAUGUGAAAUACCGCUGUUCUUCUUCUUCAUCUGGGGGUAUAUUCUGGCCAUUUUCUUUUCUAGCAUUUUAAAUAGUUUUGGUAGUACA